AUGCCACGCUCAUCAAAAUCAGCCAAACUUAAAAUCAAAAAAACAUCACCACCACCACAAGGUUACGACAAGAUUGCCCCUACGAUUCUCAAAUACAAACAGAAACUUAAAACAGCAACCACUAAUAACACCACCAAUACCAACGCAUCUUCUUCAUCCACUACUGAUACAUUCCCACCAGGCACCAAACCGACAUCACUAUGGCCCAUCUACAAAAUUACCCACGACGUAACCAGAUACGUCUACGACCUUUAUCAACGAGACAAGAUUAGUAACGAGCUAUAUACAUGGUUAACUUUACAAGAUUAUGUUGAUGCAUUGUUGAUUGCUAAAUGGAAGAAACAAGGUUAUGAGAAACUAUGCUGUACUCAAUGCAUUGGAGGUGGGGCUGGGGGAGGUACUUGUAUUUGCCGAGUUCCCAAAGUGGAGUUGUUGAAACGUGGUCAAGAUGAUAAAGUUGAUGUGGAGUGUGUUACUUGUGGAUGUCGUGGUUGUGCAUCGAGUGAUUGA